AUGGGCUUCACAGAGAUCUUAGAACACGUCGGCAGCAUGGGACGCUUCCAAUUCGUCUAUGUGACUCUCCUUUCCAUUCCGGUGCUGAUGAUGGCUUGUCAUAUGAUGCUGCAGAAUUUUACCGCCGGGACGCCGGAUCACCACUGCGCGAUCGGCCGCAACGCUGCUCCCGGGAACUGGAGUUCCGAAGACGAGGCUCUCCUUGUGGUCUCCCUUCCUACGGGCGAGGACCGAAAGCCAGCAGAGUGUCACCGUUUCCGCCAGAAGCAGUGGUGGCGUUCGAACGGCACCGCGGAGAACGAAACCCAGAUGGAAACCGAACCGUGUAGAGACGGAUGGGUGUACAACCGAAGCAUCUUCCACCAAACCAUUGUGACAGAGUGGGAUCUGGUUUGCUCAUCUCGGACACUAAAGCAAAUGGCGCAGUCGAUUUACAUGACUGGAGUUUUAGUCGGCGGGAUCUUAUUUGGAGGCCUCUCGGACAGAUUCGGUCGCCGGCCAAUCCUCUUGUGGUGUUACCUGCAGCUGGCCGUAUCUGGCACGGUGACUGCGUUCUCUCCCAAAUUCAGUGUUUACUGCGUCCUCCGUUUUCUCUCCGGGAUGGCUUUCUCGGGUAUCGUGCUCAACGGCGUCUCUCUGUGUGUGGAGUGGACGCCCACCAAAACCCGGCCGGUGCUGGGCACCAUCAAUGGCUGUGCGUAUACCACUGGGCAGCUUGUCCUGGCCGGCCUGGCGUAUACCUUCCGAGAUUGGCACCACUUACAGCUGGCGGUCUCUCUGCCUUUUUUCCUAUUCUUCUGUUAUUCUUGGUGGCUUUCUGAAUCCGCUCGCUGGCUGAUAACAGCUGGGAAGCUCGAACGGGCUGUGACAGAGCUCAAGAGGGUGGCCAAAAUGAACAGGAAAGAGGAAGCUGCUGGAAAGCUAAAUGUUGAGUUUUUGAGAUCCAGGAUGAAGGAGGAACUGGCGUCCAUGACAUCCAAAACUUCGGUGCUCGACCUGAUCCGGACCCCCACCAUGCGCCGGAUCUCUCUCUGCAUCUGCUUUGUCUGGUUCUCCACCAGUUUCGCUUAUUAUGGGCUGGUGAUGGACUUGCAGAAUUUCGGGGGCGACAUCUACCUGAUCCAACUCUUUUUUGGAGCGGUUGACUUCCCGGCUAAGUUUCUGUCAGUCCUCACCAUCAGCUACAUCGGACGUCGGUUUACCCAAGCCAUUGCCCUCAUCUUGGCCGGGUUAACCAUCCUGGCCAACAUCUUCAUCCCUCAAGAUAUGCAGAUACUUCGGACGACCGUAGCUGUUUUCGGGAAGGGCUGCUUAGGCGCCUCGUUCAACUGCAUCUAUUUAUACACUGGAGAACUUUAUCCGACGGUGCUUCGGCAAACCGGGAUGGGUCUCAGCAACACCAUGGCCCGCAUAGGAGGCAUCGUGGCUCCAGCAGUGAAGAUGACAGGAGAAUACAUCCCGUUCCUGCCCAAUCUUAUCUACGGUGCGGCUCCCAUCAUAUCUGGAAUUGUGGCGGCCUUUUUGCCGGAAACUCGUAAUGUCCCCUUGCCGGAAACGGUAGAGCAGGUGGAGAACAGGUGA